AUGACAGAAUGUCCGAAUUUUUUUCGUGGAAAGAAGAACAUGUUUAAAACGGACAUGGAAGUCUUUGUGAUUGAUGUCAAUGGAUAUGACUUACGGAGAGGCCUCAUCAAAUGUUUCGGAAAUAAUUCAUGGACGAUAUUUUACCCAGAUUCCAAGGAUGUUGAAGAUAUUGUUGAUACAAAUCGCAUUAUACCUUACAAUAAAGACAAUAAGCGCAUUUUUAAUGAUCAAGAAAAGAAGAGAAGCGAAUUACAUGAAAUUAAGGAAGCAAUAUAUCGCAAUGCGUUAUCUGCAGACACGUCUCCACAAAAGAGAAUGCUUGAAGAUGAUCUCCCGCCAAAGAAACGCAUAUACCCUAACAGCCCGACAAAGUUUUUACAUCCUUUGCCAAAUACAGCUAAUAUAGCGGAGAAUCACGUCACUGAACAACAAAAAAUCGAAAAUAAAUCUACAGUCGUCGACGUUAAUCAUGAAAUUGACAAAAAAUCGCCGAUUGACCCUUCAUCUGAUAAUACAUCAACUAAACCUGAUAUUGAGCUGCAUCAGGUUCAAACGUUGAAAGAAAGAAGUUCACGCUUAGAUUCUUUACAACCAACUUCCAUCGAAUUCAAUACAAAUUUAACAAAGAAUUCUUACACUUGGACGUUCAAGAUCAACUUCAAUUAA